GAAAAUGUCAUAACUUAUUGGGAUCAUUCGAUUAGAAAUUGAUUUAAAACCAUACGAUUUAUAACGACUGAUUGUAUUUAAAUUGUGUCAUUGUUGAUUAUCAAAUAAAAUUUAUCAACGCUUAUAUAUGACAAUGAUUAAAUAAAAAGACGAUUCUAUUGAAAAUACAAAUAUGACAUUACCUGGUAUUGGAGUGUUUGGCACAGGGAAUAUUGUCAGAGUAAUUAUUCCCUUUUUAAGAGAGAAGGGAUUUAAAAUAAAAGCUAUAUGGGGUAGAACGUUAUCCGAAGUAUCGGAAGCAGCAGCUGACCUGGAAAUACCAUUUCAUACAAGUCGUAUAGAUGACGUACUUCUUAGGAAAGAUGUAGAUUUAAUAUUUAUUAUGUGUUCACCAAGUUUACAUGCACAGAUUGCAGUCAAAGCCUUGGGUAUAGGAAAGCAUGUGGUUUGUGAUAAACCUGCUGGUUUAAGUCAAAGUGAAGCAUUAAAAAUGGUUAGAGCUGCUCAAUAUUAUCCAUCGUUAAUCAGCAUAGUCAAUCAUAGUUUAAGAUUUCUACCAGCAUUUGUUAGCAUGAAAAAAGCUUUGGAAGAAGAUUAUUUAGGAGGUCCUAUAACAAUCAUUGAAAUUAGAGUACAUAUGGGAAGUUUAUUACAUAAUGACUAUGAUUGGUUAUGCGACGAUACAAUGGGUGGUGGAAUUUUAGCAUUAGUAGGUAGCCAUGUAAUAGACCUAAUAUUCCAUUUAAUUGGUCAACGUGCUAUACGAGUACAUGCUGUUGUUAGAACAUUUACUCAAACUACAAAAUAUAUAAAUGGUAUACGUCAUAUAACAUCACCUGAUUUUUGUACUUUUCAAAUUGAGUUGAGCGGAGGAGCAUUGGUUACGGCUACGUUAAGUAAUCACUUACAAGGGCAGCUUUCUCAAGAAGUAUUGAUAUGUGGCGGCGAUAAUCAUCUUCUUGUUUGCAAUGGAGAUUUAUAUGGAUUUAAGGGAGGACAAGAAGAAAUUCUUUAUCGAGAUACAGAGGAUUUAGAAGUACCUCUACCUGUCUCUAAUUCUAUUCCACGUCCUUACAUUAAAGGAUUACGAAAUAUGAUUUCUGCGUUAAGAGAAGCUUUUCAAUCAGUGGAAGAUAAAAGAGGUUGGGUAAAGGAACCCGUGUUUUGUGCUGCUACAUUUGAAGAUGGCUUAUAUGUACAAGCGGUUAUUGAUGCAUUACGCCAAAGUAACAAACGUAGAGAAUGGACUAAAGUUAACAUCUUAACAGAAGAGCCUGAUCCGAACCCGUUACUCAGUGCUGCUGUUAGAGCUACAGCUAUAUCGAUAUAAACAAAAAACUCAGCGGGUAUACACGAAGGAAGUGAAAUUUCUUACAUUUCAAAAAGGUCCAUCAUCAUGUAAAAAGUUUCACUUCAAAAAUUAAUUUUAUGAAGAUGAAUCAAAAAUUAAUAUCUUCUCUUAUCAUAUUCAAUCUUAUUAACAAGUUUUUAGUUUCUCACACAUAUAUAAACACAAAAUACUUCAUAUGUAUAUAGGCAGCUAAAAUGUUUCUCUACACUGACAAUGAGAUAUAAUACUAUCUUAUAUUUAAUAUUAGAUAUUUAAUAUCUUGUAGGCAAAACAUAAUAAUUUUCUUUAGAUUUUAUAAUUCAAAUGAAAGUUUGUUUAAUUUAUGUUGUUUUUAACAUAAUUUAACAUUUUAUAUAUUGUAUUAUGUAUAAUUAUUUAUACAUAGAGAUAUUUAUUAUAAAACAAAAUAUUAUGAAUAUAUUAUAUCCUUAUAUAUAAUAUUAA